CGCCGAGUUCUACCUCGUUGGAAUUAAACGGCUUUUAGCUGCGUGCCGUUCUGUCGACGGACUGCGCAAAACACGAAGCAGAUAUUUCUUACAAUCAGCGUAGAUCCAAACGGCAAGUAAGAUUCAUUGCCUUCUCAUUGUCGGAGAAGGAAAGAACGGAGUAGCAGACCUUGAGUUUCAUUUCUCUAAAAUAUUUACUGUGAAAUGAAAUUACUGUACGAGCGAUGGAUCUUGGAGUAUUCUGACUGAAUUUCGUAAUCCCUGAAUAACGAGUUUGCGAGCAGACUGUCGAAGACUGUGGGUCGUAUGGCUUUAGUGAUUGCCGCAUCGAACUUCACUGCAGUUAUGUUUGGAGGAGUCGUGAUCACUUUUAAGCAAUUCUACUCAAUUGAUUUCGUCAAGGUGGUGGCCUUCGAGAUGGUAUCCAUGGUCCAUCUUUUUUUGUACGCCUGGCCAGCGGACUACAUGGCUCAGUUGAGUCAACGAGUAUCGGAAUCCGUUUUACAUGGCCAGUGGGUAGGCAAAUCGCCUAAGAUGCAACGCUCGGUAUUGAUUAUGAUGCAAAGGGCCAAUGAUCCAGUCAUAAUCAAAGUCGACGGCCUGCUUCCUGCCUUGAACCUGGAAACGUUUGGAGCUGGGUUAUCAACCGCUUUCUCGUAUAUCGCAACGCUUCUCGCUAUUUUCGGCGAGUGAAUACGGAAGCAGAUAAUCCGCAGGAUCGCAACGAUUUUGUUGCAUCACGACACGUACCCAAUUUUCUGUAUAUCCGCUGGUCUAGUAAUUAAAACCCAGCAGUCGGGCAUUAAAAAUUUCAUUCGACUGUGAUUCUCCGAUUUCAUUUCACAUGACGAGGUGAUCAUACCCACCUAGUCUGAGGUAUAAGAGGAAAAGCAGACGGUUCAAAUUUUUCAUUCGUCUUCGAAUUGCUUAGUGAAAAUUUGGAGAAUAGCCGGUGUAUUGUAACAAUCCUUUUCAAUAAAACAUAAUAGGUACGUGAAAUAUC